CCCUUCCCUUCUUUUUCUCUCGGUAAGUUUCAGUUUCUGAGAUUUGAUUCUAUUUUCAUUUGUUGUUUCUCAGAUAGUUAUUUGAUCUGAUUAGAUAUGUUUGUAGAUGAAACCUACUUGUUUCGUUGUGGGGACAAAAAUAUAUAAAAACUUUGUUGCGAUGUUGACUGAUCUGAUGUCAUGUUGCGAUGGAGAUGAUGCUAAAAUCGAACUUAUCAUUUUUCAAUACUAAUAUAAAGUAAAAAAAAUCGGUGGAAUAUAAAACAUUCAAGCGAUUUGAUUAACUUUACUUAAAACAUGUUUAGUGAUUCAUUAUCAGUCUUUGGAGCAUCGAGUGAAGAGCUAAUACACAGCUUUAAAGCUUGCAUCUUCUCAUUACGCUCCAUAUAGUAUUAUAUUUAACAUCAGUUUUGCAAUUGAAACAUACUUUUAUGGUUCAGCUGCUACUUGUGAUGCACAUUCUUGUCUUUAAAAAUUGAUUGUCUUAUAGAGAUUAGUCAUAAUAUUCCAUUUAAAAUGAUUUGAGUUUUCUUAACGCAGUUGCGUAAACAAAAAUGGCGACAUUUCGAGUCUCUUCCACUAGCAUGACAACCACCACCAAGGCGGUUCUUAGAAGCCAACCCACCAACAAGUUCAUCACUAACAAGAGCCACCACCAGCAAGUCUCCGUUGGAUCAGUCAAGAAAGUCUCGAGAUCCUUUGGCUUAAAAUGCUCAGCCAAUUCAGGUGCCAAGAUGUCAGCUGUGUACAAGGUCAAGCUCAUAGGACCAGAAGGGGAAGAGAAUGAGUUCGAGGUUCAGGACGACCAGUUCAUAUUGGAUGCAGCUGAAGAGGCGGGAGUUGACUUGCCAUACUCUUGCAGAGCCGGUGCGUGUUCCACGUGUGCGGGUCAGAUUGUGAAAGGGCAAGUUGAUCAGACUGAGGGUUCGUUUCUUGAGGAUGAUCACUUGGAGAAAGGUUUUGUUCUGACUUGUGUGGCUUACCCGCAGUCUGACUGUGUGAUUCAUACCCACAAGGAAACUGAACUCUUCUGAGUUCGGUGGUGAUGCAGAUUGUUAUUUGAGUUAUUGUUAUUAUUAUUAUUAUUAUCAGUUUCUUUCUACGGAUUUGUGUGUUUCUAAAGGUAUGCUUUUGUAUGAAAACGUCUCAGGAUAUGCCUUUUUAGUGUUCAUCGAUGGUCACCGGGUUCCAACUGGUUAAUAAAAUGGUUUAAUAUCAUUCAA